AUGAACCUAAACGCUGAAGUUAGGGCUCCCGGCUAUGAUGAAACACGCGAAGUCGAAGACAUCCCUUAUGGAAACCCUUUUUGGGACCCGAACUUCGACCAAGGCUCGCCCGACAAGACCGGCGCCUGCACUGAAAAGAGAAAGCAAAUCAGAUCAGACCAAGUCGUACCGAUGAAUGAACAGGGCUCAGACGGCCGCCGCGACACGGGGAAUAAGCUGAAUAAGAUCCUCCCCGUUACUAAGGUCGAACAGUACUGGAACCCUCUGUGGAAGAAGGUGUUCAACGAUAAGGUCACGGAGGAAACCUUCGAGAGGAUUGUAGUAAGGGAAGAAACCUCCGAGAGGGAUGUAAUAAGGGAAGAAAACUUGGAGAAGGUUAAAGUAGGGGAAUACAAGAGAUACAAAGUAGUGUUCCGAUGGGCAAAGUGCGGACCGAGAUGGUGUGGUCUGCUGGUGAAGGAUACGACAGAAUGCCCACAUGGAACGGUGUUGUGGCUGGAUCAGAGGCCGCCGGGGUGGAGCGAGGACGAAGAGGGCUGGAAAGAGGGGACGAAUCCUUUCCAGUUGAAUUACAGUGGAACUCACUAUGGGAGAUUUGACUACUUCGACAACGAGGAGAACGUUCCGAUGAGAAAGGAGUUUGCAGCUAAGGAGGGUGAGCAGAUCAAAGAGGUAGAAUGGGUGGCUGGAUUUGAUUAUUGA